AUGUCAUACGACUUGUUCUACCGCGCCAUUCAUGAAAUUCUGGAGAAUUUGCGAGAGGAGUUUGAGAAGAACUAUCGUCCUCUUGUCAUUGAUGAUGUGAUAAGCAAAGUAUGUGAAAUUGUUGAUGAUGAAUCUAACAAGGGUCGCGAAAGAUUGAAGAUAUUUAUCGGUGUAGCACUAGCCGUUGAACGUUUGCUAGAUGAAAGUAUUUUGAAUGAUGAUUGUGUGAUUUGUUUAGAAGAGCUUGGGAGGAAGAAGCCCUUGUCGUACCCACCUUGUUCGCAUGUGUUUCAUGCAGAUUGUAUGGCAACAUGGUUGGAGCAUAGUCUUUCUUGCCCUAUUUGUCGUUGUGAUCUCUCUCCUAUUAAGCUGAAUAGCUUUGUGUUGCAUUUUUUGAUUCAAAAUAUGUAA